ACCCCCAAGUUUGCUUGGUUUAAUCGGAGGGGAGGACCCUGAGCAAUUCUCGUAAUUGUUUUCCUUUUUUAAUUUUCUUUUCUUUCUUCCCUUUGAACUGAGGGAAGAAAAUCCCACACCAAAAAAAAGAAAAUCAACUCAUACAUCAUAUCAAGGAGAAAAGAGAAGAGAGACAAAUAAUUUUCAACGGUCAAGAAGAUCCUCUCCUGAUAAACAAAACUACCUUACCUUCUUGGAUUUCGUCACACGAUUUCAGUAUCGAGUUGCAGGUCUGCGGAUCCCAAACCCGCGGAAAACCCAAGUCAUCAACGCACACUGAUGUCCGAGGUGCAUUGCAUCGCCGAGCUACACAGCGAAUAGGAUUCCUUGAAUGGUUCUCCCACCUCUUUGCUCCAGAAUCGGAUCGUUAUGGCUGCCCCUACUACCACCACAAUUGCCACUACUAUUCCUCUUCCUAAUUUGAACGGCCACUCCAAACCGCAACCAACCAAACUCGCCAUAACCCCUAUCUCAGCUGCAUCCUCCCCCGCCUCGGCUGCUUCGCCCAUUUCCAGCGUAUCUACACCCACAUCAGCUCAUCAACUUGCUAUCAAACCUGUAGCCGCAUUUCAGCAGGCUACCAAUAUGGCGUCUGCCGCCAUCGGAAAAAAUUCAAUUACCAGCAAGGAAUGGGUUGUACCUCCGAGGCCUAAGCCCGGUCGGAAGCCUGCCACAGACACUCCACCUACUAAGCGCAAGGCUCAAAACAGGGCUGCCCAGCGUGCAUUCCGCGAACGAAGAGCCGCUCGGGUUGGCGAAUUGGAGGAACAGCUAGAUGAUCAGAAGGAAGAGUACGAGCGGACACAGCAACAGUUACGAGAUGAAGUAUCGGGUUUAGAUGCUGAGGUGCAGAAUCUACGAAGCAGAUGUGUUCACCUUGAGGAGUUACUAGAGAAGGAACGUGCCGAGCGCGCCAAAACAACAAACGAACUCGACGAUUUACGACGACGAUGGAGAGCCGAAGGCUCGAAUACUUCUUCGAGGCAUGGAAGUCUCACAGCUUAUCAAGGACGAACCAACUUAACAAAUCACUCUCAACAUCCAACCCCUCGAGGAAGCGUCGCGAGCAAUGCACCAGAUCAUCGUAACUCGACUACCGCCUUUUCGAUCUCGCAGAUUAUUUCUCCUCCCGAUUCAUCAAAUCUAUCCGGAGGGCCCCGGGAGCCAUCGACGGAUCUCGCAGGAUGCGGCAAUUGUGAAUCUACCGGACCAUGUGCCUGUGUCGACGAGGUCCUUGCCAAUACACCUGUUGGAUGCGGUAAAUGCACGAUCGGAACCAAAUGUGAGUGUCUCGAAGCUGUACUCAAAGCACCAGCUCCGAGUUCGGAAUCCGAGCUGAAGCGAAAGCCAUCAUCAAUAUCCGUCAUGGCACCUGAAGAGAAGAGGCAGAAGAUACCCAACCCCUAUCCUCACGAAGUCGACUUCACCGACAUGUUUUCUAAGAAGAAAGUCGUGGCGCCGGCUCCGGAGCCAGCCUUGUAUCAACCUGUUGCUCAGACCGCUAUUGCUCCCCGAGAUUCUUGUGGAUUCUGUAAGGAGGGUACGUAUUGUAUGUGUGCCGAAGCCGCUGCACAAAGCCUUGCCCCAGUGUCCCAACAAGUACAGACUCCUCCCCCUUCAGAGAAUGAUGUGGGUCCCCUUUCCAUGGAAGUCACAUCGACCGGAGCCAUCAAGUUGCCGAGUAUCAACACGUUCAGUCGUACUGCAAUUCCGACUGGCCGUCCCUCUGCUGGAUGUGGCCCUAACGGACCUGGCACAUGUGCUCAAUGUCUGAAAGACCCUAAGUCAGGUCUUUUCUGUCGCAGUCUUGCAGCAAGCUUUGAUCGUAACUCGGAUAGGCCUGGCGGUGGCUGCUGCGGUGGAUCUGGCGGCUCUGGAUGUUGCAAAUCCAUGGAGGAUGCAGCGGGACCAAGCAAGUCAUCGAAGGAUGUUAGUGUGUCAUGUGCAGAAGCAUACAAGACACUAUCUAGCCAUCGAAACUUUGACAAGGCAUCGAGUGAGAUAGGCACAUGGCUUCCAAAGCUUAGAGCUACUCCCCAACAACAUAAUUCCCCGGCUAGACUCCCUAUAGAGGUCGAGGCGGCUAGUAUCAUGGGCGUGUUGAGGGAAUUUGAUGUUCGGUUUGGAAGAGAUGCUUGAAUUUUCUACGAAAAAUACCCAAAGAACGAGACAGGACCUAAUCAUGGUCUGAGCGGACGAAACGAGUAUAUAAUGAGGCAUGGCGUUGACGGAUCACUGCAUCCUAUGGUGUUCAAGAAGGAGGGUGGCUACUAUCUGAUUCGAUCAGUCAUACAGGGAGUGGUCAUUUGCAUUGUUGCUGAGUAGCCAUCGACAACUUCAUAAUAGUCGAUGAAGAGGAGUUGUGGGGAUCUGGUUCAUCGCAAUGAUUUAUUGAUU